GAUGCACUAGAACCAGCGAGAGGCAACAAUCGUUUUAUGGAAUCGUUCAAAUCAGAUCAGAUAAAUAACUCAUAAUCAAGAUGAGAUAUACAAAAUUGUUAGUGUUACUAGUGACCUUACAGCUGAGCUUUACCGAAUCCAGACGGUUCGGUGCUCGACAUAAACGGCAGCAUAGCAGCAAUCUGUACCAGCCGGAAAGUUUCAUCAUACCGGGCGGCGAAGGACCUCCGAACGAGCGAUGGAGUGCGUGGAGCGGUCCAUCGGAAUGCUCCCGAACGUGCGGCGGUGGCGUCGCUUACCAGGAGCGCGAAUGUCUUGAUCUUGACCACACUGGUGCGCCCGUCUGUACGGGUGGAAAGAGAAAAUACUUCUCCUGCAACACACAGGAUUGUCCCGAGCGGGAACUCGACUUCCGCAAGAAGCAAUGCUCGGAGUUCAAUGAUCUGCCGUUCGAAGGAAACCGGUACCAGUGGGUACCGUACACGCGGGCACCGAAUCCUUGCGAGCUGAACUGUAUGCCCAUCGGUGAACGGUUUUACUAUCGGCACCGGGCAAAGGUAACCGACGGUACGCGCUGCAACGACGAGUCGUUUGAUGUGUGCGUCGACGGCACCUGUCAACCGGUCGGCUGUGACAUGAUGCUAGGCUCGGAAGCGAAGGAAGACAAGUGUCGCAUCUGUCGGGGCGAUGGUAGCAGCUGCAAGACCGUGUCCGGGCUGCUCGACGCUAACAAUCUGCAGGUCGGGUACAACGAUCUCGUGCUCAUCCCGUCCGGUGCAACGAACGUGAUCAUCAGUGAACGGGCGCCAUCGAACAACUACCUAGCGAUACGCAAUCUGACCGGAUUUUACCAUCUGAACGGUAACUAUCGUAUCGAUUUCCCGCGCACGAUCCACUUUGCCGGUAGCGAUUGGCACUACGAACGACGUCCGCAGGGCUUUGCCGCACCGGAUCGGCUAACGUGCCAGGGUCCGACGUCGGAGUCCGUCUAUCUGGUGCUACUCUCGCAGGACCGCAACGUGGGCGUAAAUUACGAGUACAGCAUGUCAUCGAAGACGGCCCCGGUUGAUGAGCAGGACAGUUACUCGUGGAUGCACACGGCGUUCGAACCGUGCCCGGUAAGCUGUGGUGGCGGUGUCCAAACGCGCAACGUCACGUGCAACAGCAAGAGUUCGCUGCGAGAGGUAGAUGAAGGGUUGUGCAACGUGAACGAAAAGCCACCCACCACGCAAAAGUGUGGUCAGCAGUCAUGUCCACCGCGCUGGUUCGAGGGUCCGUGGAGUAAUUGCUCGAAACCAUGCGGUACCGAGGGAAAGCAAACGCGCGAAGUGUACUGCGAGCGGGUAUCGGCCGAUGGCGAAACGACCAAGAUCGAAGAUGACGUUUGCCUCGAGCAGGUCGGCAACAAACCGGCUACGGAGCGGGAGUGCAAUCAGGACAAAAUCUGUGCCGAGUGGUACGUCGGACGAUGGUCACCGUGUAACAAAUUGUGCGGUGAGGGUGAGCGUACACGGAAGGUAAUCUGCCAUCGGAAGGAAAAUGGACGCAUUACGGUGCUGCCGGAUGAUGAGUGUCUCGAGGAGAAGCCGGCAGUCAGCGAAAAGUGUAUGCUGCGACCGUGCGAGGGUGUAGACUACGUCACAUCGUCCUGGACCGGGUGUGACGAGUGUGGUGCGACCGUGGAAACGCGUACCGUUCACUGUGCGUCCAAGUCGGGCACCGUUUACGAUGCAUCGUUCUGUGCGGAUCGACCAAUGCCGGAGCUUCGUCGCGAAUGCAAGCUGACCCCGUGCGACUACCAGUGGUACACGUCCCAGUGGAGCAAGUGCUCGGCCGUCUGCGGUAAGGGCGUCCAGACGCGCACCGUCGUUUGCGGUGUGUUCGAUGGUCAAUCGCUGAAACGUGCCGACGAUGACUACAAGUGUGAUCCGACCCAGAAACCGGCGAAGGAACAAGAAUGUGACGGACCGCCCGAAUGCCCGGGUCAGUGGUUUGCGGGACCGUGGACCGACUGUGAUAAGAGCUGCGGUGGCGGUAUGAUGUCGCGCAAGGUGCUCUGUCUCGCUAACGGUACGGUCAUACCGGAGACGAACUGUGAUGUGGACAAGAUUCAGCUGGCUACGGAGAGCUGCAAUAAGCACGACUGCACGGAGGACGAGGUUAUCCCGGUGGAGGUUGGCAGCAAGCAGCCGGAGAAGGAUGACGACUACGAUGAGGAUGAGGAGUUGUGCGACGAGGACGAAGAGGAUGACGCAGAGGGCGAUGAGGAGGAGGACGAUGAUGGUUCGGCAGCGGGUAGUGUCACCACGGAAGGACAGGACGGUAUCAUGAUGGUCACGGAAGAUACGAGCCUGGCCGAGGGUGUCGAGCUGGACAGCAGUGUUAGCGGCACGACAGAAUCUUCCCUCGAGACGGACGAAGUUAUGAUGAGCGAUGCGACCGGUUUCGAUACGGGUGCAACCGAUCCGGACGAGGGUUCGGCGACGGAGAGUACGGUCGAGGGAUCCGGCGAUGGAAGCAGCCGCAUGUCGGAGGUGUCGGAAGGUUCGGGUGCUGACAGUGAGGUUACUACAGUUGCGGUCGAAUCUCGUGCCUCGGACGAUGCAUCUUCGGACGCAGUUGGUAGCUCUACCGAAGCUUCAUCCGCAUCAUCGGUAAGCUCGAUGGAAUCGGAAUCGGUUUCAUCUUCGGAGGCGAGCGCACAAAGCUCAACAGAGUCAUCGGAGACGGCAUCUGAAAGUCAAUCGACAGUCGAAGACUCACUUGAAACGACAACGGACAGUGCAUCCACUACGGAUGCCUCCGAAACAACGACAGACGUCACUGAAACGUCCACAAGCUCUACUGAUUUGGAAACGUCCACCGACCUUAGCUCAUCGACGGUGGAGUUCACCAGUACGACGGAUGAUGCAUCCACUACAGAUGUUCCUUCCACAACCGAAAGCGAAUUGAUGAGCACUACAGUUGCAUCGGAUGUUGUGGCGUCGAGCAGUUCAGCAGCAGCUGAAUCUUCAGAAGCAACGACUGACGAGAGCUCGACAGAUUCUAGCACCAAGAUGGUGGAGGGUUCCGAAUCCACCGACACGUCCAUGAUGUCUACCAGCGAAUCGGCAGUAACGGAGACUUCUGUGUCUGGAUCUAGCGAAUCAGGAGCGACGGAAGAAUCAGUUACGGGAGCUUCUACGGACGCUAGCGCCACUACUGUCGAAUCGUCGGAACCUACCACAGUGACUGGCUCCACGGAAGACUUCACUGGUUCAACGGUAACGGAAGAGACUGUAGAGGACACCACAUUCGACAUUUGGGCUUCCUCGACUGAUUCCACCGAUGACACAACGGACGACAGCGAAAGCAGCACCCCAUACACGCUUACCUCGAUCAUUGCCAAGGAGCAGAAGGCCCGCAAAUGUAAACCUCGUCCGAAGGUACCACAGUGCGCCAAAUCCACGCACGGGUGCUGUCCCGAUGGUAAGACGAAAGCGUCGGGUCCGUUCCUGGAGGGUUGCACACUGGCAGAGACGUGCAAGGACACGAAGCAUGGCUGCUGUUCGGACGGUGUAUCACCGGCCAAGGGCCCGAACGACAAGGGUUGUCCGAAGGCGGAAUGUGCCGACACACUGUUCGGAUGCUGUCCGGAUAAGGUUACACCAGCCGAGGGUAACGAUGGCGAGGGUUGUCCAGUUGAGACGACAACCGUUGCCGGCUGUACGGCGGGCAAGUUCGGUUGCUGUCCGGAUGGAACCACUGAAGCUAAGGGACCGAACGAUAAGGGUUGUCCAGGAGUGGAAGAGAAGGAUGACGAAACACCAUCCGCCACAGAACAACCGAAACCGGAAGAACCAGCAGCUGUUGAAGGUUGUGCCAGCACGGCGCACGGAUGUUGCCCGGAUAAUACGACGGCCGCAACUGGACCCGAUGGAGAGGGUUGUGAACCGUGUGGUAAGGAACCGUUCGGAUGCUGUCCAGAUGGCAAAACACCAGCGCACGGGUAUAACGGUGAGGGUUGCUGUUUGCAAACGCCGUACGGAUGCUGUCCGGAUAAUGUCGUUGCUGCGCGUGGUCCCAAUAUGGAGGGUUGUGAUUGUCAGUACGCACCGUACGGUUGCUGUCCGGACAAUAAGACGUCCGCACGGGGUCACGAUAACGAGGGCUGUGGGUGUCAGUACGCCCGGCAUGGUUGCUGCCCGGACAAGGAGACGGAAGCAACGGGUCCCGGCUUCGAGGGAUGUCCUUGUCACGCCCAUCAGUUCGGUUGCUGUCCGGACGGUGUUACAGCAGCCAAGGGACCACACAAUCACGGUUGCCACUGUUCGCACAGUGAGUUCAAGUGCUGCUCGGAUGGAAAGACGCCAGCUUCCGGACCGGACGGAGCGGGCUGUACAUGCGCGGACAGCAAAUAUGGAUGCUGUCCCGAUGGUACGAGUGAGGCACAGGGUAGCAAAUUUGAAGGAUGUGCCGUCGUUCCCGAAUCACCUCAGAAGGGUUGCGCAUUACCAAAGGAUAAGGGUCCGUGCCAUAACUACACCGUCAAACACUUCUUCGACGUGCAGUACGGUGGAUGCGGUCGGUUCUGGUACGGUGGAUGUGAAGGUAACAACAAUCGGUUCGAUUCGGCUGAAGAGUGCAAAAACGUGUGCGAAUCGCCGACCGGUAAGGAUGUGUGCCAUCUGCCAAAGAUUGCCGGCCCGUGCAGCGGUGAGUACAACAUGUGGUACUACGACGCGGAACGGAACAUGUGCGGCCAGUUUACGUACGGUGGAUGUCUGGGCAAUGCCAAUCGGUUCGAAAAGCUCGAGGACUGCAAGGCGACGUGCAGUGUGGACGAUUCGAAACCACCAUGUGAGCAACCGAUGGAACCGGGACCGUGCAACGGAACGUUCGAGCGUUGGUACUACGAUAAGGAAUCGGAUGCGUGCCAUCCCUUCUAUUAUGGAGGUUGUAAGGGCAACAAGAACAAUUACCCAACGGAAGCUUCCUGUGGCUAUCACUGCAAGAAACCCGGAGUUCACAAGCCAAGCUGUAAAGAACCACUGGACACUGGCAACUGUGAGGCAACGCACGCCCGCUGGUACUUUGCCAGCGACAGUAACAAAUGCAUGCCCUUCUACUAUACCGGUUGUGGUGGCAACGACAACCAGUUUGUUUCGCUCGAUCAGUGCGAAGAGCAGUGCCCACCGAAGGUUGAGAAAGACACUUGCUUCCUGCCGGCGGAGAUUGGCGAGUGUCAGAACUACACCGCUCACUGGUACUUUGACACGAAGGAAGAACGAUGCCGUCAGUUCUACUACGGUGGAUGUGGUGGCAAUGGCAAUAACUUCGUUGAUGAGCAAUCCUGUAUUAGUCGAUGUAUUGACGAGACACCGAAACCGGUGGAAUCACCACAACCGGCCCCGGAGGCACCAGAACGUGCCGAUCCGGAACGCUUCGACAGAAGCCAAUGUCAGCUACAGAUGGACAAUGGAGAUCGUGACUGUACGCAGUACGAGGCACGCUUUUACUACGACACACAGACGGGCAGUUGUGCGGUCUUCACGUACACCGGCUGUGGUGGUAACGGCAACAACUUCAAGUCGACCGAAGAAUGCGAACAGGCGUGCGGAGUCGGUCCUCAGGACGUGUGUCAACUGCAGCAAGAGUAUGGCGAUUGCAACGGUAACGAGGAACGCUGGUACUAUGCAGCACACGAGCAACGGUGUCUCCGUUUCGCGUACAGUGGAUGCGGUGGCAAUGGUAACAAUUUCCACAGCCAGGCUGAAUGUGAGCGAAGCUGUCCGGCAGGAGGAAGUGCACCGGUUGACGUCGAUAUGCGUGGCCCCACGGAGCAGCGGCCGAGCAAUGUUAGUCGAUGCGAGGAACCGCCAGAGUUUGGUGAUGGCGAUGGCGAUGGUGAGUUGAUCCUGUUCUACUACAACGCUGAACGGCAAUCGUGUGAACGGUUCCGGUAUAGUGGUGCCGGUGGUAAUACUAAUCGCUACAACUCGGAGGAAGAAUGUGAGCGAGUGUGUGGAGUGUACCGAGGUGUUGAUGUCUGCAGAGAUGCGGUUGAGGCAGGUCCUUGUGGUGAUAACAUUCCACGGUACUACUACGACUCUAGGACACACGCCUGUUACGCCUUCAACUACAGUGGAUGCGAAGGCAACGGUAAUCGCUUCGUAAGUGCAGAAGAAUGCGAAGGAACGUGCGUCCAUCAGCGUCCUGACUUUGACGAGACCGAAAAACUACGCAUCUGUAACCUUCCGGUGCAGAAGGGCAAUAACAGGUGCCGGAAACGGUCCGCCAAACGUUGGUACUACGAUCCAGUGCAGGAAACAUGUUUCGCCUUCCGGUACAAAGGAUGCGGAGGCAAUCGUAACAAUUUCCCUUCGUACAACAACUGUCGCACGUACUGUAGUAUCGAAUCAAAUGCGGUGAAUCCUUGCGAACAGUAUGAGCACGAAUGCAGCCAGCUUCACUGCCCAUACGGUAUUGCCAAGUCGUACGAUCCCGCCAACGGUUGCGAGAGCUGCCAGUGCAAUGAUCCCUGUGCCGGAUUCUACUGUCCCACCGGUAGUCUGUGUGUGGUGGAUGUGCAGAACAGUGGUGCAGUUGGAAGCGGUUCCGAGUUUGUUGGAGUCUGCAGACAAUCGCACAAACCGGGCGAAUGUCCACCGUUGGCAAAUGCAACGGUAUGCAGCAGAGAUUGCUACUCGGACGCUGACUGUCGUGGUAAUAACAAAUGUUGUCUGGCCGGCUGUGCUCAGAUCUGCAUCAGUCCGGUAGAGCAUCCGGUGGCUCCAGUUGGUCCAGCGCAGCCAAACGUCCCUGGACCCACCGUGCUGGAGCAGGUGCCUCAAGAGGAAUUGGACAUCAAAUCGGAGGAAGGGGGUAUUGCUACACUGCGAUGCUACGCGACCGGCUUCCCGCCACCAUCUAUUCGCUGGCGCAAGGGAGAGGUCUUGCUCAAUACCAACCAAGGCCGUUAUGUGCUUUCUUCGACCGGGGAUCUGCAGAUUGUGCAGCUGCAUCGCACCGACAGUGGCACGUACGUGUGCAUCGCAGACAACGGUAUUGGUGAGCCAGUGUUUAGAGAGGUUACACUCACUGUAAGCGACCCGGUGCCAAGGGAUGCCUAUAUCGCCGGCAAUUUGAACGAUUCGCAGGUGGUUGAGCUAGAUGGGCCGGCCACGUUGCGGUGCGCUGCUGGUGGAUACCCGAAACCGGUACUGAGCUGGUGGCGCGAAACGUUCAUGAUGCCACUAAAGAUGGUGAACCGUGACUAUUCACUGGUUAUUCCGCGCGUUCGACUGCAGGACCUGGGUCCGUACGUGUGUCAGGCUUACUCUGGUGCUGGCAAGGGUAUCUCACGUACCGUCACACUGCUCGGCUACCGGCCGGCAACGCCCGAAAGCCCAGUGGAUGAGAAGUAUCUGAAAUAUCUUGUGCCCAGACAGAGACCGGUACAAGUCGCACCGGUCGAUCGCUAUCCACCACGGCCACGGCCACCAAUCGCUCAGCCACCGCCAGUUGUCGUUCGUCCACCAGUUCCGGUGACGGUACAAUUGUACUUCCCGCAGGGACGUGAUCUACCGCCAAACAGUAAUUUCACGAUCAACUGUACCGUUGAUGGAUAUCCGCGGCCCACGGUGAACUGGUUCAAGGAUGGCCAGAUGCUGGUGCCCACUGACCGCAUACACAUCACCGACACGAAUCUGCUCUUCGUGUCGGGUGCAAUACCGUCCGACAGUGGCCGGUACAAGUGCCUUGCGAGGAACGAGCAGUCGGAAGCAUUCCAGGAGCACAGUAUACGCGUGGAAGGUGUAUACGUACCGCCGGGAUGUACCGAUAAUCAGCUACUCGCCAAGUGUGACCUGAUUGUUGCGGGACACUACUGCAACCACAAGUACUACGCACGGUUCUGCUGCCGAUCGUGUACGCUGGCAGGACAGAUUAAUGUCAACAACCGUUACCGCUAAAACCCCAAGCGUGCCAUAAAGCAAAAGGAAUCGU